GACAGGGACACGCGAGUUUUCGCGCCGGUGCUCUAUUUGCUCGCGAAGGCACUAUUUGGGGAGAUAAACCGAACCAACCGUCCCGUUCCUUUCCGUUUUACCGUUUUGCGUCAACAAGUUCACCUCCAGACUCUUAGUCUGUGUCUGUCACCGGGAGGGAAAUAACGGGACCGCUGCUCUCUCCUGCUUCACAAACUCACCAAAUUAGAUUUAUUUCCAUGAAACUCUUGAUUUUUUUAAAAAAACCGGUGAAAACCCGAAUCGGAGCGCGCAGAGAAUGAUGGCACGCCGCAUUGACCGAAAUCUGGUUUCUUUGUCCAUGUUUGGAUACUUGGUUUGGCUAACGGUGGUUUCUGUCGUUCACGCUGACGGUCGUGUGUUCCUAUUGGACCAGAGAAACACGUCUGACUCCGGGGGAUUGUCUGAGGCGGAACAUGCAUGUGCUUCCCAUGAUGCCCGGCUGGCGUCAGCCGAGGAACUGCGUCACGCCGUAAUGGAGUGUUCCUUCUCUCCCUGCACACGAGGAUGGCUGGACGGGGGCAGCGUGGGGACUACAGUGUGUAGUAACUUGGGCAGUGCUCUGAAGGCAGUGGAUGUGAAGAUAGAGAACACUACAGAGGACAACACACACCUGGAUGUCUUCUGUGUCAAAGACAAGGGUGUUCCAUGUGGAGACCCCCCUGCGUUCCCCAACACUCAUCUCCAGGGCCACACCGGGUUUGAGAUGGGGGACGAGCUGCUGUACUCCUGUCUACCUGGUCAUGUGUUGCCCAGCGGCCACUCAGCCUUCAGCCUGCUGUGUGACAGCUGUGGAGAGUGGUACGGACUGGUACAGCUCUGUGUAAAAGACAAGACAGAGGCCCACAUUGACUAUGAAGAUAAGUUCACUGAUGACGAUCACCACCUCUCCUACGACACCCCUACUGAGGAGGAGGACACACAUGAGGAACCGGUAGAAGAGGAGGUGCAAGAGGAGACAACAUAUGUAAAUGUGGAGGAGGACACAGGAGAAGAGGGGCGCAGGGAUCAGGAGCAGCAGGAGGCCAGCUUCAGCAUGACGGAAGUAGAGGAGCAGGAUGCGGAGACGGGAGGAGAGGAGGAAGUGCAGGGAGGAGAGGAGCUGUCUGUGGGAGAGGAGGAGCAGCAGGAGGAGAAUGUGGGGGAAGGACUGGUGACUGGAAGAAAGGAGGAGGAGCUGGAAGACUCGACAGACCAUCCCGUCGAUGAGGAGAAGCAGGAGGAGGAGCAGGAGGAGGGGAUGGGCAUGUCGGAGGCGACUGAGGCGCCCGUCUCCCUGCUUUCCCAGAAGCACCUGUUCUGGUUCCCCUCAGAGGCCUUCCAGGAGGCGGGACAUGUGGAACCCACCCACCCGCCAGUCACACAGGACACACCCCCUGAGGGAGACAACCGUGUCAGGGCCUCCGGCAGCGAAUCAGAGGAGAGCAAGGAAGACAACAGCCAACCAGAGGAGACAAAAGAUCAUGACAGCCAUGAGGGUCAAUUCCAACAACCAAUUGACCACAAUGACCAUGAUGACCACGAAGAUGAUGUUGACCAUGAACAUAUUGACCGUGAAUAUGAUCACGACGAUCGAACAGAUCCUGACCACGAUGAAAGUUCUGAACAAGUUUUUGAUGGUGAAGACCAUGCCAUUGAACACCUUGACCACGAUGAUCCUGACACCCAUGAUGGCCAUGAACAUGAUAACCAUGAAAGCUAUGAUAGUGAAGAGGCCCACCGUGAGGACCAAGGAGAACACAGGGAGGAUGACCAUGAGAAGGGGGGUGCGUAUGAUAACGGACACGACGAGCAUUACAACAUGGGUGAACACGAGGAGGAUGACCGCAUUCAAUAUCACAGCCACGGUGAACAUGAUGAUCAUGAAGACCAUGACCACGAUGAUGUAACGGAUCACCAUGACGAUGAUGAUCAUGACCACUCAGAUCCUAGCGAUCACCACGAUGACCAUGAAGACCAAGACCAUGUCCACGACCAUGAUCACCUUGAUGACCAUGAAGACCAAGACCAUCACCAUAACGAUCAAGAUGAUCAUGGCCAUGAUGACCAUGACCACGACGACCAUGAAGAUGGCCAUGUAGUCCCUCCCAUUGGAAUGACAACAGGCGAGCCUCAGAAUGUAACCCAGGAGGCGGCGGGAGGAGAACCCACAGCCAGCACAGACGAGACCUGGUUGGACGGCUACCCUGUCAGUCAGGAGGAGACUGACACUGAUAAAGUGGGAGGCGGCUCCACAGAGGAAGGGGUGGAGCCUGAGGUGCGAGAGGAGGAAGAGGAGGGUCUUGUGGUUGUCGGGGUGACGGACCGGCCGAAUGAGGUGGAGAUGAGUCGUCCCGUCCCAUUCACGGGCGUCCCUCAGGUCCCCCUGUCCCCCACGCAGGAGGCGGACCCUGUAGAGCAGGAUCAGGACCAGGUGGGAGGACUCAGCCCUAAAGCCUCACCCGACUCACCCCUCUCCCCUGAGGCCACAUCCUCAGAUUCCUAUUCAGCCGACUACACCACGCCCUCUCUGACAUCGUCACUGGACGGCGUCACCCCCAGAAACGCAGCCAGGCCUUCUCCCACAGACUCCUGGGAAACCACGGAUCAUGUGCACCCCUUCCUGGAGCACGGCCCCGCCCCCACGGCGUGGACUGAUGAUGUCAUUGACGAGGAGGAACGUGGAGCCGAGCACAACCUGACUCGACACAGCGGGGAGAGGGAGGGGGAGGAAGGGGAGAAGGAAGGCAAGACAGGGGAGGCAGGGUGUACCGGAGGUGAGGAGGACUGCCCUCCUCCCCCUCCUCCCUCCUCCGGCAGGGGGCCCACGGUGGCGGCCAUUGUCAUUGCUGUGUGCACGGUUGCCCUGGCAGCCGCCGUCGGUGCGUGGUGUUACCGACGGAAACAGCAGAAGAGCUCGAUGUACGAGAUGAACGGGAAGGGUCAGAGUCACAGCAGACAUGGACAACAGAUAGAGAUGCAACAGAAGGUCUAAGAGAGAGAGAAAGAGAGAGACAGUGCGGCUGCAGAGAGAGUGGAGGGAGGCUCCAGGGAGGGAGGUGAUGUGGGUUAGGGUAUUUGGGGUGUGUGAGUUGAACAGCCACACACUACACCUGCAGACACAGAAGAAUGAGUUGACGGGUGAGGAAGGGGUUGAGGGUUGAGGGUAUUUGAAUGGUGAGGUUUGGGGCUGAGGAAGUGUUGAGGGUUGGUGGUUAGGGUCAGGUAGAGGGACGAGGGAAUGAGAUGAGUGGCUAUGCUAUGCUAAUGCUAGCAGGAGUUUUCAAAUCUGGUGACGAACGAGAAGGGACUCCUCCUCCAGAGCUCUGGGACAUUGUGGUUCAGAAUCAUACCUGUUUAUUAAUGUGUAAUUACCAUGUUGUUACUGUGUUAUUACCAUGUUAUUACUGUGUUAUUACCAUGUUAUUACUGUAUUUGAUGAUAUUUUGAUUUCAUUGUUCUUGUGUGAGACAAUUGAACUUUGUUAUGUUGUAUUAUUAGGGCUCUACCUUACUAUGUAGUCGUGUAACAUUGUGCAUGAUUGUAAGGAUUCCUUGUUUCUCACCAUGACAUCAGCAUUUGAAAUUGCUGUCAGAGUUGGCACCCUGAUUUGAGUGGAUGCAUUCAGGGUCCUAUUCAUAAGCACCAAAUGGAAGAAAACAAAAUAGACUGAAACAGGGAAGGAUUACCUGAACUCGUCCCAUAAGAAACGCUAGUUUUCGUUUUCCAUUACAAAACGUUCUUCCCACAGUGUGAUCUAUUGAAUACAACCAAUUAGGUGUUCUAACGUCCAUGUUUUCACAUCCGCUUUGGAAUACUGACUAUCGAUCCAAAUGCAGCGGUGGUGGAAAAAGUACACAAAUGUCAUACUUGAGUAAAAGUACAGAUAUUGUAAUGAAACAGCAGGGAGCAGGUCUCCAACCCUCGACCUUCGAGCCCGAGGUCCAGCGCUAUCGACUGUACGGCAAAAGCACGCUCGUGCGGCAGGGUCGAAUACCGCGCUUAUAAACCCAGGGUCGUUACAAUACCUUGAUAGAAAAUUACUUGGAUAAAAGGGACUGUCACCCGGUAAAACACAACUUGAGUAAAACUCAAAAAGUAUCAAAAGUAAAACUAUUAAUAAUUUUAAAUUCCUUAUAUUAAUCAAACAGACACCACCAUUUUCUUGUUUUUAAAAAUGUAUUUACGGAUAGCCAGGGCACACUCUAACACUCAGACAUAAUUUACAAAGCGUGUGUGUGUAGGGAGUCCGUCAGAUCAGAGGCAGUAGGGAUGUUCUCUUGAUAAGUGCAUGAAUUGGACAAUUUUCCUGUCCUGCUAAGUAUUCAAAAAUGUAACAAGUACUUUUGGGUGUCAGGGAAAAUGUAUGGAGUAAAAAGUACAUUAUUUUCUUUAAGAAUGUAAUGAGGUAAAAGUAAAAGUUGUCAGAUAUUUAAAAAGUAAAGUACAGAUACCCCAAAAAGCUACUUAAGUAGUACUUUCAAGUAUUUUUACUUAAGUACUAUACACCACUGCCAAACAGCAAGUUACAAGUGACCAUAUGGGAUUUGUGUGUGUUCAGACAACAGUCAUUUGCUGACAUGGCUACGCUAGUUGUCAUAGUUAUGACGGGUGAGUGUGCAGUGGUGUAGGCUGAUUGGUGCUCGUGCUUCUUAUCACUCAGAAGUUAUGUAGCAAGCUAUGGUGACAACAAUGCCUGCCAUGGAUGUUUCCCAGUCUCUUUGAAUGUUCAAAAUCAUAGUGAUAAAACACUUUUAAUUAAAGCCUCAAAGGGAGUCAUUUUUCUCAAGCCACAGCAGUCAACUAGCUAGAUAGGUAGCUGUUUAGCUUUUGUGGCACAUUCACUCAUUUGUUUGUAAACCAUUAAAGGGAGAACAAAUAUUUUUUACUACAUAUUCAUCUCCAGCACCACCACAACAUCAAUAUAUACGAAAAUGGAUCGUUUCUAUGUUUUGUAAUAAAAAAGAUAGUGGAAGAUAAGUGUUUCCAAUGACAUCAUCAGUGUGCAUCAUGUCAUUUUAACCAAUUAUGGUUACAAUGAUGAGUAGGUAUUGCCACACCAAUGAUGUAAUUGGAAACACUUAUUUUCCUCAAUGUUUUAUUACUACUAAACAUAGCCAUUUUCACAUACAGUAUGUUGAUGUAGAGGUGGUGCUGGAGAUGAUGAAUGUGAAGUUGUUCUUGUCAAACUGUAAGCAGAGUAGCUAGCAUGCAACAAGACAUGACAAAUAACAUUCUAAAAAUGACUUGAGGGCAAAUGUAUCAGAUUUGACUGUUCAGAUACAAGUCGCAUGGCGACAGAUUUGUAUCUGACUUCAAACCACCUACAAAGGUUGUUUGAAAUGUGGCUUGACUGCAAAUCGGAUAUGCAAAGUCACUUCAAACUGCCAAUGUGAACAAGGCUUUAGAUUGGCACCAUAUUAUGGUGUGUAUAAAAUGUACAUUUUUGAGUGGAUGGAAGUUUGAACAUUUCUGGGCGUUAACAAGAGGUGAGAUAUAUUAUCAGACAGUCAAUGCAAGGUAGA